CUUCUUGUCGUUGUGUGCCUUGGUGAAUUAAUAUUUCGACUUCAUCGUUGGUGCCUUCGGGAGUUGUGUGUUGUCGUUUUAGCUUCUCGUUCUUCUCGUCAUUGGUACCUUGGUGAAUUAAGAUUUCAGCUUCGUCGUUGGUGCCUUGGGAAGUUGUGUGUUGUUGUUUCAGCUUCUUGUCAUUGGUGCCUUGGUGAAUUGACAUUUCAGCUUCAUCGUUGGUGCCUUGGUGAGUUGUAUGUCAUCAUUUCAGCUUCUUGUCGUUGGUGCCUUGGUAAAUUAACAUUUUGGCUUCAUCAUUGGUGCUUUGGUAGUUGUGUAUCGUCGUUUCAACUUUGUUAUUGGUGUCUUGAUGAAUCCUC